GCAGCCUCGUCGCGCGCAUUCUCUUUCCCAUAUCCGCAAGCAUAUGGGAUUCAGAUCGACUUGAUGCAAGCCGUCUUUCGGGCGAUCGAGGAUGCAAAAGUUGGCAUCUUCGAGAGUCCGACUGGGACGGGCAAGUCCCUCAGUCUCAUCUGCUCGGCCUUCACAUGGCUUGAGCACAACGCCAAGCGCUCAGAACUGGCAAAUGAAUCUGAACCCUCCCAUUCAGGAGCAGAGGCAGGCACAGGCGACGAGCCAGACUGGGUAUUAGCGCAUGCGCGCGCAAAGCAGAGGGAGAAAUCCGAGAUGGCGGAGAGAGAGCUGAAACAGCGCAUCGCGCACGCAAAGCGCUUGCAGGCCAAGUUCAAAAAGGAGCGCAGGCAAGACGAACGUAUGAACAGAGGCAAUAGCCUCGGUAGAAAGAAAACAUCAUAUUCGAGGGCAGAUUCCGACGAGGAGUUUUUGCUUGACUCGGGCGAUGAGGCCUCGUCCCCUACGAGCAAGGCCCGCAAAAAUGCUACAGAUGAAUUGGGCCUCAGCGCAGAGGUGCGAGCGCUGAUGGCACAGUAUGACCAAUCUUCCGCUGCUCGCGCCUCCUCCUUCAACCACUACUCCUCGUCAUCCUCUUCCAAUACACUCAAUCGUACUACGCCCAAGACCUACUACGCCAGUCGCACGCACUCGCAGCUGAGCCAAUUUGUGCAUGACAACGGUCUUGUCGCACAGACAGAAGUCACGGAAGGGGACGCAGCGCAGUCGCCUGUACGCGUCGUCGCCCUCGGCAGUCGGAAGCAGAUGUGCAUCAACGAGGCUGUCCAGCAGAUCGGGCGCGAGCGUGGCACCGAGGCGAUGAACGAACGCUGCAAGGAGCUGUUGAAAGGCAAGCGCUCAACCGCCCCGAAGAACAGCGGCGGACAGCAGGUGCCGCAACGACAAAAGAAUGAGAAAAGAUGUCCUUAUGCCCCAGCAAUAGAUGAGGGCGGACUGGAGCAAGCAAUGGAGUUUCGAGAUCAUGCUUUUACCGAAGUCAGAGACAUUGAAGAUUUAACCGAACUAGGACGCUCGCUCAAUACGUGCCCGUACUUUGCUUCCCGUCUUGCAGCCAAGCAGGCACAGCUCGUCACGCUGCCAUACAAUCUCCUCCUCCACGCCGACUCGCGGCUGGCAGCCGGGGUCGAUGUGACGGACAACGUGAUUCUCAUCGACGAGGCACACAAUCUUAUCGACACCAUUCUCGCCACGCACACUGUCUCAAUCACACUCACGCAGAUCCAGCAGGCCCAAAAGCAGAUUGAAACAUACGUCAAUCGCUUCGCGCUCAAGCUCAGGGGUAGCAACGAGAUGCAUCUCAAGCAGUUGGAGCUUGCACUCAAGAGCCUCAGCAAGCACUGCCUGCGUUGGGUGACGGCGCAUGCCGAGAGCAAGUCGACAGAGGAGAUUGUCACCGCUUCCCAGCUUGUGUCCAGCAUGGAUGGGACGCUGGAUCAAAUCAACCUGGCGCAACUCGAUUCUUUCCUGCGCGACAGUCAGAUUGCCCGCAAAGUGGCCGGUUACGCGGACAAGCAGGCAAUACAAGCCGCCAAUAGCAGAAGUGGAGGCUCUCUCGAGAAUCGCAACAGUAUCACGUCCAUGCGCACUAUCUCCUCCUUCCUGCUAUCGCUAAUCAAUGCUGACCAAGACGGCAAGGUCCUGCUGAGCAUGUUGCCGCAGAACAUCUCCAAGGAAAGGCCACUUGCAAACGCGGGGGCGGAUGCAAGCGCAGCCCCGAAUAUGAUCAUCAAGUACCAGCUGCUUAAUCCUUCCAAGUCGUUCAAGACUCUCGUCGAUCAGUCCCGCGCGAUCAUCCUUGCUGGCGGCACGAUGGAGCCGGUAUCCGAUCUUCUCAUGCAAGUCUUGCCACAUGUGCCGCCGACGCAGAUUUCGAGGCUGUCGUGCGGCCACAUCAUCCCCUCUUCAAAUCUCUUUGCCGCGGUCGUCUCUGUUGGCCCAAAGAAAGCGAGACUGGAGUUCAAAUUCGACAGUCGGAACGACCAUGCGCUGCUUGAUGAGCUCGGGUCAGCCUUGUCAAACUUUUGCAAUGUCAUCCCAGACGGCAUGGUCGUGUUUGUGCCUUCGUACAAAGUGCUCAACACGUUCAUGGAGCGCUGGAAGGCGACGAAGCAGCUCGACAGCCUCAUGCGCCGCAAAAAGCUCUUCAUUGAGCCUCAGACUGCCGCCGAGGUGGACGCAGUCUUGCGGCACUACACAUCCGCGAUCGAGAUGCCGCAGCCAGGUAUGACGGGCGCAAUCCUCAUCGCCGUCGUCGGCGCCAAACUAUCCGAGGGUAUCAACUUCUCAGACCGUCUAGCGCGUGCCGUCGUCAUGGUCGGCCUGCCUUUUCCGAAUGCUGCAAGCGCAGAGCUUGUCGAACGAAUGCGCUUUGCAAGAGAGCUCGCCAGCAAGCAGCAGCAGGGCUCCGCAGUCAGCACACCAAAAGUGGAUGCGGGCAAAGAGCUGUACGUCAACAUGUGCAUGAAGGCGGUCAACCAGUCAAUCGGGCGCGCGAUUCGUCAUCGGAACGAUUAUGCUGCGCUCCUGCUGGUUGACAUGCGCUUUGCCCGUCAAGACAUCUCUUCCAAGCUUCCGGGUUGGAUCCGAAGCGAGGUCCACCGCGAUCUCACGUUCCCACUCGUUAUGCGCGACUUGGCGGGCUUUUUCCGCUCCAAGAGAACAACGCCAAAUACCGGCCUAUGAGAUACGCUCGUGCAGGCAGGGAUGGUUACCAAGUAACUUGUUGGACCGAAAUACUGUAGCCUACAAACC